UGCAGUGUGCUCAGGAUGACACAGCCCACUACUGUGCUGAGCAUUUUUGCCAUGUUCCUUCACACCACUUCUGGGGAAAGUGGUUGCACUUCAGCAGACGGUGAUGGGACUCUCGGGGAUGAUGAACCAGACAAUUUUGACAUUGAUUGCUUCAGCCAGCUGGAAAUUAAAGACUCCUUUAGCAGCCUAACCUGCAAUUUCACCGAGCUGUCUCCUUACAAUACAAACUACACCCUGUCUCUGUGUACCAAGGAAGACAACAAUUACGCCUGCUCCAACAUGAAGAAACAGGAAGAUGUAUUCUUCUUACAGUUCAUUGAUAUACUCUCAAACAGAGAUGUUUGCAUGUACUCUGAGACGAAGAGAAGGGUCUGCAGGAGUCUGGUUGUAACUGACAUUGUUAAGCCUGAAGUACCAUUUGCUAUAAACAUCACAUAUGAAAGGGAGGCAAAUGAGUAUCUUAUUCGUUACUGUACACCACACUCAAGGAAGAAAUACUUAAAGGACAAAUUAGUGCACCAAGUAGCCUAUCGGCAGAAAGAAGGUAUUUGGAAGACAAUAGAGUCACCAUACCUUCAGAUAAAAUUGCUGGGGAAAAACCUUGAAAAUGAAGCAUCAUAUGAGGUGAAAGUACGUUCUCAGCCCAAUGGAGAUUAUUUUAAGGGAAUAUGGAGUGAAUGGAGCACUUCCAAGAGCUUCUGGACAGCAAGAGAGCAGCACUCCAUAGAAAGAUAUAGCAGUGUGGUCAUGGUUAUAUUCUCCAUCCUGGGAUUCAUGCUGUCUGUUGUUAUGAUUGCACUGAUUAUAGUUUUUUGGAAAAACAGGAUCAAGCCUGCUGUAUGGCCGAACCUUCCUGACCACAAAAAAACGCUGGAGCAACUAUGCAAGAAGCCAAAAAACAAUUUUGAUAUAAGCUUUAACCCAGAGAGUUUUGGUUAUGUUCAUAUCCAUAAAGUGGAUGGCCUUUGGGCAAAAGCUGAACUGGAAAAUUUUCUGCAGCCAUCAACUGCUCCAGAGACAAGCUUUCCAGAAAAAUUCAGGAGUGGAUCAGACGUGAAGGUGAGCCCGGUGAUGGCAGAAAAACCCAACCUAAACCUGCCCGUGUCUUACGAAGGAGUCUGGCCAGCUGAAGCCCUGUGCAGGCUCCUGGGCCCCAGCCAGUUUGCCGUCACCGAGGGCAGCUGUGGCUCCAGCACGUAUGAGGUUUGCCACAGCAACAGGGUGCCCCUGCACAGCACUGGUUUCAACCUUUCCUCCACGUGUCCCCUGGGUCUUUCAGGCCAGCCCCAUCCAGAGCCCCUAAACGAUGACACCGGAUCCCAGAUGCUGCCUAAUGGUGACAUGAGAUCACCAAACAAUGAGGAAGCCUACGUCACAAUGUCCAACUUCUACAAAAUUCAGUAAAUCUCACAAGAAUUACAGCAUGCAUUUUUUCUCCAACACACGCAGGAUACUGGAGCUUUCAGGUUUUGUUUUCCUGUAUCCUGUGAGUUCCCACCUCCCUCGCACACCCUGCUCACAGUGCAGUGCUGUGCCUGCAGGGAAGGGCAGUCUCCUACACUCCAGUGAGAAGUAGACUAGCUCAGCAUUCAGCAUGCUGCUAGCAG